AUGGCGGUGUGGACGCGCGCCGCCAAGGCGGGGCUGCUGGAGCUGCUGCUGCGGGAGCGCUGGGUGCGGGUGGCGGCGGAGCUGAGCGGCGAGGCGCUGAGCCUCACCUCGGAGCCGCCGCCGCCCGAGCCCGCCGCGCCGCCCAACGGGCUGCCCCACGGCGCCGAGCGGGGCGGCCCGGAGCCCCGCCCGCCCUCGCCGCCCCCGGCCGAGCCGGCGCCGCCGGGCGUGCGGCGGGUGCGGGUGGUGAAGGCCGAGGCGGGCGGGCUGGGCAUCAGCAUCAAGGGCGGGCGCGAGAACCGCAUGCCCGUGCUCAUCUCCCGCAUCUUCCCGGGGCUGGCGGCCGAGCGCUGCGGCGCCCUGCGCCUGGGGGACGCCAUCCUCGCCGUGAACGGCACCGACCUGCGCGACGCCACCCACGACCAGGCCGUGCAGGCGCUGAAGCGGGCCGGCCGCGAGGUGCUGCUGGAAGUGAAGUUCAUGCGAGAAGUGACUCCCUACAUUAAGAAGCCAUCGCUGGUGUCAGACCUCCCGUGGGAUGGGGCAGCUCCCCAGUCACCGAGCCUGAGUGGCAGUGAGGACUCCGGCUCACCGAAGCACUACAGUGGCACCAAAGACAGGAAGGUGAUCCCUCUGAAAAUGUGCUUCGCUGCUAGGAACUUGAGCAUGCCGGAUCUGGAGAACAGGUUGAUAGAGUUGCACUCACCGGACAGCAGAAACACCCUGGUCCUGCGGUGCAAAGAUACAGCAACAGCACAUUCCUGGUUCACGGCCAUCCACACAAACAUCCUGGCCCUCCUCCCUCAGGUGCUGGCCGAACUCAAUGCCAUGCUAGGUGCCAACAAUGCCACAGGAAGUAGCAAGGAGGUCAAGCACAUUGCUUGGCUGGCGGAACAGGCUAGACUAGAUGGAGGAAGGCAGCAGUGGCGGCCCAUCCUCAUGGCUAUGACGGAGAAGGACUUGCUGCUCUAUGAUUGCAUGCCCUGGACAAGAGACGCAUGGGCAUCACCUUGCCACAGCUACCCUCUUGUUGCUACCAGGCUGGUUCACUCUGGCUCCGGACGCAGAUCACCUCCGGGAUCCGAGCUCACCUUUGCAACAAGGACAGGCUCUCGCCAGGGCAUUGAAAUGCACGUUUUCAGGGUGGAGACGCAUCGGGACCUCUCCUCCUGGACCAGGAUGCUAGUUCAGGGCUGCCAUGCUGCUGCGGAGCUGAUAAAGGAGGUGUCCUUAGGCUGCACAUUGAAUGGCCAGGAGGUGAAGCUCACAGUCCAUUAUGAAAAUGGAUUCACACUCUCCAGGGAGGAAGCAUGCUCCACCCACACCCUGUUCCUCUACCCCUUUGAGAAGCUCAGAGUUUCUGCAGAUGAUGGCAUCAGGAACCUCUACUUGGAUUUUGGUGGUCCUGAGGGGGAGCUGACCCUGGACCUGCACUCCUGUCCCAAACCCAUUGUUUUUGUGUUGCACACUUUCUUGUCAGCCAAAGUCACCCGUAUGGGACUGCUUGUGUAAGAGGUGAAGGGUCCCAACAGUUCUGAACAACACAUCUACUGUCCCAGCAGCAAAAAAGCACAAAAGACCCUAGUUUGUGGUGUCCUCCUGCAGUACCAGUGCCUUGACAAAGACUGACUCAUGUCAGAACCAUGAUGGUGUGGAAGGAAGCUCCUGCUGUCCUUAGAGCCAUAGCCAGAAAUUCCAGCCUCUCCACAAUCCCCUGGAAUAACUGCUCUACCUGACUAGAUGAUGCCUAGGCCAGGCUGCAGCUGGUAGCUGAAUACUGAGAUCUGGGGAGACACAGUUCUGGCAUUCUCCCUUUCCAGCCACUUCCUGGCUGUUGGCAAUUUCAGAGACUUUUCUUCCUGACACCCCUGGGAUUCGAUUGUCACCCCGAAGGCUCGACGUAAAGCCCAGCACCCGGCACUCAUCUGCUGCAAGAAGAGAGCCGUUGUCAUGGGGCUGUGAGCGGGGGAGCUGGUUAGGGUAGGAACUAUAGCCAAUCUGUAUGAAGUCAUUUUUAUUGCUUACCAAAUGUGCCUUUGGCUGAAGGUGGGUGGUGCUUUACUGGAGAUGGGGAUGAGGAGACUGGGAGUUCAGUGCUGUUCGCUCUGGAAGAGUGCUCCAUGAGCCCCUGCUCUCAGUUCGUUUCAAGCUGCCUGGUCUCCUCUGGAGAGAAGUGAGUCAUUACAAAGAUGGACUUGCGGCUGUGUGGCAGCUCUCACAGGAUCGUUUGGUGAGGAUUCCUCGUGGUGGGAGGGGGACUCUUCUGAGAGCUGGUGAAUCCCUGCCUCUUCCUUUUGCAGUUGAUAAAUAUUGGGGGACGGUAUGCAGUACGUAGCCCCUUCCCCUGGGCUUCUGACCCUAGUCACUGAGUCAGAGAUGGAAACUCUGAAGGACUGAUCCGGCUCCCUCUGUUGCCACAAAGCCACCUUCCCAGAGGUCCUUGGUAAGGAAGAGGCCUGCCCUUCUCACUAGCCAGUGGGUUUAGAUCCCCCUUGCUGAGUGGGAUGGAUAAUCAGGGAGAUUUCAGUCGCUUUUCUGACUUCCUUUGGGCACCUGGUAACAUCCUGAAUACAGAGCACUUAGAUGGUGCUUUUCAUUGAUGCUUCUUACCGAGGCCCCCGGUAGUCAAAUGCGACAGGACAGAUGCCACUUGGCUGGAUCAGUAGCACAGAAAAGCCAGCUGGCUGCGUGUUCUGAAAUGAGCUGGAAUGCAUAAAGCAGCUGAUGCCCAUAUAGUGAUGCACACAGCAUCUGGGCCUGGCAACUUUCUUCUGAGACCCUAGCAGCAUCCUCUCUCCUUUCCUGGUGCUGGGCUGCUUGUCUCCCUCAGCCUGUGCUAAGCCCAUGUGCCCAGGUGUGUGGGCUGCAGAGAGUGUGUGGGUGACAGGGGCCUGUGACUUUGAAAUACCUGGGAGACCAGGUCAGGGGACAGUAUCUUUUAUUGGACCUACUUCUGUCAGUGAGAGGGACCAGCUUUCGAGCCUCACAGCUGUGUGAAUGCUUGCAAUACCUGUCGUUGGCACAGCCUAUCCCAUUCCUAAAGAAGCUCUUCUGAAGCAUCUGCAGGGCUGAGGGGAGGCAGCUCAUCCACCAGAGGCAGGGAAAUUGCAGUGCUUCCUUCACUCUGGUGGCAGUAUUUUAACACAGGGCUUUUGGAAGCCCCCUCCCAGCACAUCACUGACCUCUUCCCAACAGGACUCAGGGCACCUGGCAAUGCAGCCUGGCUCAAAACUCUGAGAAACAGAUUUCACUGCGUAACCCAGACCUUCAGCGGUGCCUGCACCCGCCAGCUCUCUUCCUAGAUUCCUGUUUUCUCUCAUGCUUGGGAAGAGCUGGGACACCCAGAGAUGGGGGGCAGGGACUCCAGGAGCUCCACUGUAUGCACACGACAGGUGGCUUGGACCGUCCUUUGAGGCUCUGCCUGCUUCCUUGGAGCUUCUCUAGCACUCACGGUUGUGAGCAUUCGAUUCCUAGUGUAGGUUGCUCAGGAUUAACUCCUGGGAUUCAGCUUGUCAAGUUACCAGUGUGCUGAGCUCUCCAAGACUGGCCAGAGCCUUGUGGGACACGCACUCCAUCUGCAGGCCGGUACGGUAGCCCUUCUACAGACCAUCUCCUUAGUGGCACAGAUCAACUGCUUGACUUAAGGUGAGAAUUCACAGCACAAAACAUUUGAAGAUGAACCCGAGAGGAUGCCUCCUCGAGCCCGGCCUUCUCCAGAACGGGCUCGCAGUGUGUGAAGCAGUGAUCCUGGAGGGCACGCUUCCUUUAAGUGAGGGGUGAAGCAAAGCUGAUUUGACCAGAGUGUCCUGCCAGCGCAGCAGCCUGCUGAAACCCUAGGGAGGGAGUGUUGUUCACAGGCCCCUCACAACCAUGUGGCUUAUGCCCGAUGCCUAGCAGCUCAUUUCCAAAUGCUGUUUUAGGAACCAACAAAAAACAAUUCAUUUGAAACAUGUUUGUUUAAACAACAAAUCAUGCCAGGUUAUAAAAUACUUAGAAUAGUGUCUUAGCUGAUUGGAGUUUAUGGAGUGAAUAUAAGGUAAAUAUAAAGUGUAAGUUCCCGCACAGUUCUGGUUUGGAUAGGUUUGUGUUCACCCAACAGACUGUUAUCCGUUCUGUGGACCAACCUGAAGAGCUGUCAUUUCCACGCAAGGCCGUUAAGCUCUUCAAUCUAUUUUAUCUGCUCUUAAAGUGGAUAUUUUAGCUCUAGUAUGGUUGGGGUUUGUCCCAUCAGUACAGCGAGUGCUGGAAAGCACAGAGUCUGCAUGCUGAAAAAUCUACUGCAGGGACAGUAAACUGAAGCCUCAGUUUCUUAGCCAACCCAUAAAGAAAUAUUCAACUCCACAAGGUGAUGAAGCUGUUACUCUGAAACUAGUCUAACAUGGUAACAGCCGUGUUAGUCUGUAUUUGCAAAAAGAAAAGGAGUACUUGUGGCAUAAGCUUUCAUGUAGCUACAGCUCACGAAAGCUUAUGCUCAAAUAAAUUGGUUAGUCUCUAAGGUGCCACAAGUACUCCAUGUUAGACUACUUUCUUAUCUAAAUGUCCUGUUUUUUUUAAUCUGCAGCUUCACCACACUGGUGGCUGUAAAGCAUCUAGAAUAUUUUUACAUUUAGAGCCUAGGCCAGUUUGGUCUCUUACCAAAAGCCACAAGUCAACUUAAAUUGGAAUUCUGGACAAGGUCCCUCCUUCUCCCAGGAAAACAUGGCUUGCUAGGAACCAGGUUUCCGAGGGUAAAGGUGGGGUCCAUCAGCAGGGGAAUAUUCACCCCUGUUGUAUAAUUACUAGAAGUGUGAGAAGUGUCAGUAUAUCACAUAAAAUGGGACAGCCUCCCCUUCCCCCCAUAUUAUUCCUUUGUUCUGCAAAUUACCUAAUAAGCUGCUAUGCAAAUUCUGUUGUGCCCUGGCUGAUUUCAAGGGGUUAGCUAUCCCUGAGAAUUUCAGGGAAGGACUUAUAGACUUAAGCACUUUCUCUGCUUUUUUAUUUUGCUCUGACACUUAAGGUUGAGUGGUUGCUAUUUUAAGCUCUGGUGGUAGUCACUGAUUGUCAGUACUGCUCAUGAUCUGUGCAAAACUUCAGUGUAAAUGCCUUGCUGUCAGUGAGGUGAACUCUUCCCAAAUUGCCUCUCACUAGCAAAGCUCUGGUUGAGGUGGCAACUGAAAUGUCCAGAGUAGACACCAAAUCGAAUUGCACGUGAUGCAUGCUUGGCUUAACAGGAGGUUACUUUCACUCAUUUCGAUUUUUGUGGGAGGUGGGGGAGUACUUAGUACCUCCCUUGUCAUAACCGCCCACUACAGGCUGAGCUGGUGCCCUUGUGCACGGCCAGCUGGAGUGAAGUACAGUAUGGUCUGUCUUCCCCUUUGCAUCAGACAUGGUAUAGUUAAUGUGCAGAAAGGCUCGUGCUGCCAGCCUGGAACUGUCUCCCAACAGACCCAGGUUCCUUCCCAGGCUUCGCUGUGUUAGGAAUUACAUUCUGUCCUGUUUAAGCAAUCACUUUUUUGAGCCUUUUGCCACAAAGCCUGAAUUCGAUCCUGACUUGCUUCACCAGAGAAGCCCCUGAGAUCUCUCAGCCUAGUCCCCAGAGAACCUGUGUCCAAACCAGACCCAUCUUCUCAUUCGCGUGAGCAUGAGUGUCCACUGAAAGGAAGCUCAGGUCUGUUGCGGAUCAGAGGUACUUGGGGAAACUUGCCAGUUUGCACUUGGCCUAGUUCUCCCCAGGGCUGUCUUUCAUUCAUGCCAAAUAUCUGCCCUGUUACAGAAUGCUGCAUGCCCAUCUGGAAUGCUGUGAGCUGUCGCUUACUCUGGAAUCUCAGGUCCUCUUAGCUUUUAAGGUUUUUAAUGUUUUAAUUUGGUAUUAAAAGCCUAUUCUGCGGACUGAAUUUCUAAUGCUCAAGCCCCCACUGUGUCCCAGCUCCUCCCCAGCAGCGUUGAGUUACCAGAUUUAUCUGCAGUGGGCAUCCACUGUGUGCCUCAACUGGCCUCAUUUGUUUCUGGUGGCAGCAGACUCCCCUCUUCCCAGAGCCUGUGUAGAGACAUGGGGAAAUGUACAAACUCCUGGGAGCUUGCCCUGUCUGUUCCCUGUAAGUGAGGGAAAGGGCUCCAGAAUGUCUGCAAGAGACUCUGCUCCUGCCCUGUCUCAAAUCUGUGCAAACCUCUGGAUUUUGAGUGAGGCGGUGUGUUGGAAAGCUGGAAAAUGCCCCAUGCCUCGGCAGCUGGAGAGCUCUGUUACAGCGUUCCAUAUGGAAGCUACGCUACUGAGAGGCAUCCCAGGUUAUCCUUGGAAACCAGAGGGAGGAGAGGAGAAUAUCUAUGCUGAGCUUGUGUUUUCCAGAAUAAGAGCAGGCAAGUGUCUUAAAUAUGGCCAUCAGCCUGGAUGGCAAUAUGGUGGUGUGUAAUUAAACUAGUGAAUGGUGCUUGCAAAACCUUACACAAACUGUGUAGACUUUAAAAGCUAUCAGGGAAUGGAAUUUAGACUGGUCAAAGUCCCUUCUCAUCAAUCAAUUCCUCCUAACCGCUCCUCUUCAAACAGCACGUGUGGGAUUGACUCCCAGAGUUAAUACUCUGCAAAAUCUUUGCAGAUGCUUGUGCUUUUCCCAAUACAGCAUUUCUAUUUCUGUGGCUAAUUCACACAACUGAGAGCCAACAUUGCAUGCAGGGCUUAGUUUGUAAUGAAAGAGGUGCCAGGGCUCAAGCUGUUUUUUUACUUUCAUAACUGAUGCACCAAGCCCGGAGGUGCUGGAGCUCAGCCCUGGCAAAAAUUAAGCACUGAUCACAUGUAGAAACGAUGCCACGCUUUCCUUUAGAAGGAGGCCGGUAGCCUCUUCGCAUUAGAUAAUAAGCAAUGAAGAAAAUGGAUUUGAAACUAGUAAAAGCAAAUGUUCUUUGAGUCUGGCUGCGGAUCCUGCUCCAGAUGUGCACGUGUUUCAUGGGAUCCACACGUACAGAGCAUCUUGAAGCACCAUGGUUGGUGUAAGGCUAAGUAACCGUUCUCUACAGCCAGCCCACCUCUGCCUUUGCCUUUAUGCUGCCAGGAUUUUGCUACAUGAGUUAAUUCUGUUUCUGCUGCUGAUCUGACAGUAUCCUGGCCUGCAGCACAGUACAUCAAAACAUUGAUUUCACUUUCAUGUUCUAGAAUUUGGGGGAACUACAGGGCUAGUUCUACCUGGUUUUAAAAUAAAUUAAUUUGCAGUGACAUCUCUGCCAAAGAAAAUUAAAAAAAAAAAAAAAAUCCUUUGGCACAUCAAUGUUUGUGGAGUUCCAUUUUCCUUGUAGCAUAUCUGCCUGUCUGGGAUCAGCCAGUGUUGGGGAUCUCACUACAGUGUAUUAGUGUUAAGUUUACAAUUUGGGUAAAUAGAGCAUUACAAGGCCCAGGUGCGAAAGACAAAAACCCUGUAAGUAUAACUGGCCCCAGGUCAUCUGAAGAAUAAAUUGCACAGAACCACUACAAAUAAACUGUUUUUUAACCUGUGCAAACUCUAUGCCAUUUGAUAUGAUAUGGUCAAGGCACAGACUGUAACACUCCCAUAGAAAAACUAAAAUAACAUGCAAUCAUUUCUAUUUUUGUAUUCUUUGUAGUUCACUAUUUAUACGAUUCUUCCUUUUUUGAGGUUUUUAAUCUCACGCUUUUGGAACUUCCAAGUUACCAAAUCCAAAUAACCCAAUGGUGAAAAGCAGGGGAGUUUGUGUAUUCUACAAUCACAUUAAAGCUUUAUGUGUACUCUAUAAAUAUAGAUGCAUAGACAACCUAUUGUCCCUUGAGUUGCAUGUUAACUGUAUAGUAUUGUACAUUACAAUGAAAAUGUAACUUAAGGGCAAGUGUAACCUUUAUACUGUAAAUAAUAAUAAAGGCUUUUAUGCUUUUA